CACGAUCGCACGAAUAUGUCAUGCAUACGUAUGUUGCACGAUUAGGAGCACACAGUGGUCAGGGGAUCUGUUGAGUUCUGUCAAUUUGGACGAGCAAAGUGUUUCAGAAAGAACGAACAAAUCAUUGAAUAUUCAAGACAGAAGCUUCGAAGUAUAACUUGAUACUCGAUGAUAACUCAAUUGAAACCUUACCUGUGAAAAGCGUUGUGUAUCACACUAAGCAGGAAGAAACUCGACAUGACGCAAUUCCUAUUUAGCGUACGGCUCUUGCGCUUGAGGGAUUUGAUACAAAGAGUCGUGUUUAUCGCAGAUUUUCUUGGUCGUUGAGGUAUCAUCGCGUAAUUUAUGCUCCAUACGUAUUGCUCGAGAGAGGAACUUAUGGUGCUACGGUGUAGUGUUUUCGUACUUAGGGGAGGCACACAUAACCUAGCCUUCCGGAUUACCCCACGACGAAGACGACGAUCAACAACAUGCCUAAGUUUACGCCCCUUGCAAUAUGCCGUAUGGCACUAAUCUGUAUACUUAUCGGUAUAACAUGCCAGUGUGUACCAGCACAAAAAACGCCAGAGAAUCGGAGUACAGGAUUAAUACCUGACCAGGAAGAUGUUCUCCUUGUAUUUUCUACUCUCAGUGGCUCAUUUGUUGGUGUCUCUCAGCGUUACGGAAAGAUACAAUGGCGACAGGAUGAUGAACCUGCUGUUAAAGUACCUAUGGAUUUAUCAGAAACAUCUAUGCCCAUGUUUCUACCAGAUCCGAAGGACGGCUCACUUUACCUUUUUGGGACGGAAUCAGAAGCAUUAAAGAAGCUUCCCUUCACGAUUCCACAAUUGGUCGCUAGUAGUCCUUGUCGAAGUAGCGACGGCAUACUUUACACCGGUCGAAAAAUUGAUACUUGGUUCAGCGUCGACCCGCGAACCGGUGAGAGAGAACGUUUAAUGGGUUUCGAUUCGGCAGAUAGUACAUGUCCACUCGAUACCCAAGAUGUGAUAUUCGUUGGCCGUACCGAAUACAACAUCAUCAUGAUCGACAGUAAACACAAAGAUCGAAAGUGGAAUGUUACGUUCUACGAUUAUUCUGCUGCAAAAAUGGAACCAGACAGAACAGAUAAUUAUGAACUUGUUCACUUCACCACAAGCUCUACGGGCAGAGUUGUGACUCUUGACCGCCGUUUAGGCACUGUACUUUGGGAACUUGAUUUAGGUAGUCCAGUGAUCGCGACGUAUACGGUUAGUAAGGAAGGUCUCGUUACUGUACCGUUCACAAGCGUGGCCGAAGGCACUUUGGACCAUUUAUUGAAGAGAUUUGCGGCAAAACCCAGCGAUAUUCAAUUGUUCCCAACACUCUAUGUCGGAGAGCACAGGCACGGCCUCUACGCUCUGCCAUCAUUGGUGGACGCGUCAACUGCUACUAUAUCCAGUAAAUCUGGGCAUCUUCUGUUGGAGGGCCCGUUGGCAAUGCCUAAUCCUCAGAAUAACGACAAUUCCGUUCCUCUUCCUGCAGAUCAUAUUCCUCUGGCUCGGAUCAAAACAUCCGAAGAGGAUUAUCAAAGUAUUUUUCCGGAAAAGAGUGUCAUCGUCUUGGGUCACUACCAAGUGCCAGCCGAGUAUCAGCCACAGAAUCAACCACUGCAAAUAACAGGUCGUUCCGAUCCAAUAAUUCUGACCGAACCGCCAUCGUUGAACACGACGAAAAAAAUGUCAGUGGCCGUCCAAACAGAUAAGGACUCAAAUUCAAGUGACGAGCAGAAAGGAUGGCGACGAUUAGUUGCUGCGACUUACAGCGGCUGCAAAAGGUGGCUCAAUCAGCAAGAGAACAAAGGACUGAAGCUCGCUCUGAUUAUAUUAGUAGGCUGUGUGGUAGCAAUGUUCUGGUAUCUAAAUGCGCAAUUCAAGGAAUUUCAACAACUCUCACAGGGUUCGCGUGAGAGCAGUCGGACGAGUAGCAACGGGAAAAUCGGCAACGUGGCCAUCGUCGAGGAUGUCGGCGAGGGUAUGGUCAGAGUCGGAAAAAUCACAUUUAGCACUGGAGAAGUUCUUGGAAAAGGUUGCGAAGGUACCUUUGUCUACAAGGGUGAAUUCGACGGAAGAUCCGUGGCCGUGAAGCGUCUCCUGCCAGACUGCUUCACUUUUGCAGAUCGUGAAGUGGCUCUGCUCAGAGAAUCGGACGCGCAUCCAAAUGUGGUCCGUUACUUCUGCACGGAACAGGACAGAAUGUUCCGGUACAUAGCCUUGGAAUUGGCCGAAGCGACGCUCCAAGAUUACGUCGCUGGUAGAUACGAUAAGAAUAAGAUUUCGGCGAAAAAUAUUCUCCAACAGGCUACCUCCGGUCUUGCUCAUCUACACUUUCUAGAUAUAGUUCACAGAGAUAUUAAACCACACAACGUUCUCUUAUCGAUGCCAGGACCUCGUGGCGAGGUGCGGGCUAUGAUAUCAGACUUUGGCCUCUGCAAGAAACUGCAACUGGGUCGAAUGUCCUUCUCAAGGCGAUCGGGUGUAACUGGAACGGAUGGCUGGAUCGCACCUGAAAUGUUAAACGGCGAGAGAACCACUUGUGCCGUUGAUAUUUUCUCACUUGGCUGUGUCUUUUAUUACGUGCUAUCCGGUGGAAAACAUCCAUUUGGCGAUACUCUUAGGAGACAGGCAAACAUCUUGUGUGGCGAAAGUUACUUGUCGGAACUCCAAGGUAUCUCUGAGAGUGAUCGGGAAUUGGCUUUGGUUCUUGUCAAGGCGAUGAUCGCCGAAAAUCCAGGAGAUCGUCCACCAGCAACUGCUGUUCAUAAGUAUCCAAUAUUUUGGAACGCUGCACAGGUCCUGGGAUUUUUUCAGGACAUCAGCGACAGGGUCGAGAAGGACGAUCCUAGCAGUCCUGCAUUACUAUCUUUGGAGAAAAGAAGUAGAAGGGUCGUACAGAACGACUGGAGAUCGCACAUAGAUCACGAGGUGGCUACGGAUCUCCGUCGUUAUAGAAGUUAUCGUGGUGAGAGUGUUCGUGAUCUCCUAAGGGCACUCCGAAAUAAGAAACAUCACUACAGGGAAUUGACUCCAGCAGCUCAAGAGAGCCUAGGCGAGAUCCCUGAAAGGUUUACCGAGUAUUGGUUGUCCCGGUUUCCACGGUUACUCUGUCACGUCUGGUGUGCCAUGCAAGGAUUCCGUAACGAACCUACCCUAAAGCACUAUUAUCAUUCCGAGUAUGAAUUCGUACCAGAGUACGAUUAUGAAGCCGAGGAGAUCGUGAGCAGUCUCAUUCAAAGAACAGACUCGCAGUCUGUACCGUCCUGGAGAAUUCGCGACGCCGUCGAUUGGAGUCCGAACAGGUCGCGAUUUCGUGGACAGCGAAAGAAACAAGAGAGACAUAAAGCCGAGGAACCCUAUGUUUGGACUCUACCGCCAACGAGUUGAAGGGAAGGUGGCCCCAUAAUGGCUUCAUGGGGCGCGUAUAAAGAACAGCGUUGGAAAAAUAGCUACCUAAAAUUAAAAAUCUAGUAGAGUAACGGCAAACGGUUUUCGCGAAGUCGUUGAGCACAUAGAGUCGUCAGAGCACAUUGUUGUCAGAGAUGAGAGUUUUUAACAAAUGCGAAGACACAAUAAUAGACGUUUCAAUUGGCGAUUAUGGUAGCACAAUCAGCUACACACAGUGUAUUUUUUUAUCACAAGGGUUUGCUGAGUAUAGUCUGUUUUGUGGACGAUGUCAGCGGUCACUGAAUUACAGAAACGAAGGGAAAAUAUCACAAAGAUGUAAUUCGAUAUUACAGAUCGCGUUAAUGGUGUAAAUAAUAAGUAGUGUAUAAUAUAUUUUAAUAUUUUACAUAAUUCAUGUACCUUAAUUAUAGUUUUCGGUUAUUAAUAAUAUUAAAAAAACAACAAAUGGAAAAAAUA